AGAGACUGUCAGACAGACAUGGUUUUAUUCUCUGCACACACCAAAAUCAAUUAGUAACCAUUCAGCAUGUGGACAGCAAGAGUCUUUUGUUUCUGCAUCUAUACAGCCUGUCUACGGGAUACUAGCUGUGCUAAGAUCGGAUAUGAAGGAAAAGACAUAACCUUUAAAGCCGUGUACCCACCAGACUAUGAGACAAACACCAAGUACUUUGGCAGAACUCAUGACUUUUUCUCCUUUGAGAAACUGGUUGAGACGUCUCAUCCCAACCGGUGGGCGAAACAGGGGCGUUUCAUUUUAUUCGACAACACGUCAGCGCACUUCCUUACCGCCAGAAUCUUGAGAUUGGUCGCAGGGGAUUCUGGCAGUUACUCAUUGGGCGUGGAUAUUAAACUGCUGCCUGAUCUUAUUGUUGAUGAAAUACAACUGACUGUCAUUACAGGUGAAGCACAGAGACCCACAACACCAGCACCAAAAGUGAUCGUCUACAGCACAAGCAGUCCUGCACAGAACUGGACCAAGACUAGAGAUCAGGAAUCUUUCCUCAGGCUUGUGACAGUCUUGAGUCUGGUGUGUGUUUGCACACUCCUGGUUGUGUGUCCAUUCGUUCUGUUUAAAGUAGUAAAAUGGGCUACCACCUAUAAGCUGUCAGCUUCUGUGUCUUUUUACAAUAGGACAACAUCGGCUCAAGUUGUUGACGAGUAUGUGAAAAUGAGCUCAGUCGUGCUUAGAAAUUCACCCACAGCUGAUAAAGCUUCAGUGAUUGAGGACUUUCACAGACCUGAAAACAUUAACGCCCGCUACACUGAUCAUCUUGCACAACCAGAUUUAGAUCGGAUCUACACAGAAAUGAGCUCUGAUUUUGAGGCAAUUUAUCAGAGUAUUGAUCAAAGCACUGAAUGACUACAGCAUCCUC